AACCAGCUAUGUCCCGUCAGUAAAAUAGUUCAUAUUAUUUCGCGUUCUCUAUCGAUCGCGUGUAUAUAUAUAAGGCCCGGAUGCUAACGCCGAAUCGGUGCGCCUCCUGAAUCAAGUAGAAAUAGUACUACUACGCAAGUAACGUAGAUCAGCACGUAGAUAGCUUGCGAAGACGUUCUGAAAGAGUGCAGAGAGUUUUUGCUAGCUCUCGGUGGUGAUAUCCAUGGCUAACGCGGGGCUGAAGCCGGUGGCCGGCCUUCUCCUGGUUCUCAACUUCUGCAUGUACGUCAUCGUGGCGGCGGUCGGCGGCUGGGCCAUCAACCACGCCAUCCACACCGGCUACUUCAUCGGUUCCGGGAUGGCGCUGCCGGCGAACUUCUCCCCGAUCUACUUCCCGAUGGGGAACGCGGCGACCGGGUUCUUCGUCAUCUUCGCGGUGAUCGCCGGAGUCGUCGGCGCCGCGGCGGCGCUCGCUGGGUUCCACCACGUCCGCGCGUGGAGCCACGAGAGCUUGCCGGCGGCGGCCUCCUCCGGGUUCAUCGCAUGGACGCUCACCCUGCUCGCCAUGGGAUUGGCCGUCAAGGAGAUUGACCUGCACGGCAGGAACGCCAGAUUGAAAACCAUGGAGUCCUUCACCAUCAUACUCUCGGCAACACAGCUGUUUUAUCUGCUCGCCAUUCACGGCGGGAGGUAGAAGAAGGUCAGGUUUUUCUGAUUAAAGUUGUGAAGGUGAAGACACCUUUGUGAGCAUUAUUGGGCAUAGAUCAUGGACUUUACGAGCCUAAUUUGAUUUCACCGGUUUGUGAGAUUAAGUUCGACAUGGAUCAACCAGAUCGAGGCGCUGUUUGUGCUUGUCUACGAAUACGUGUGUGUGUGUGUGUGUGUGUUUUAUGCAGUGUGUGACUAGCACUUCUUAGUAAUUCGUGUGCCGAAUACUCGAACUCCUGUGUGAUUUGUUGAUUAUUUGGAUGCGUUGAUUUAUACUGUAUUGAUUUCGCCGUGUCUGGUUAAUCGAUUUGAUUAUGUGGACGUGAUGGUUUA